CAAAAAAAUCCCCUUUUUGGUCCUUACUGUUCACAAAUCCGGCCCCUUUUUAGUCCUCCCGUUAAAUUUUGGGUGAUGUGGCAAAUUAAUUAACGAAAAAUUUUAUUUUUUUCUUUACUUAAAUUACGUGUGAAAUCCAUGUGGCAAAACUCGAUGACAUGGCCAAAUUUUUUAUCUUUAAUUACCAAUUUACCCUUAUUUUCUUCUCCACCGUCUCCUUCCUUCAGCUUUUUUUUCUUAUUUAUUUUUUUUUUCUUACCUGUAGGCGAACCCAGGAGCGUGGGUUCGCCGCGAUGAACCCACGAGUUGGGUUCAUCGCGAACCCAGGAGCGUGGGUUCGUCGUGAUGAACCCAGCUCGUGGGUUCGUCGCGAACCCAGGAGCGUGGGUUCGUCGCGAACCCAGGAGCCUGGGUUCGUCGCGAUUAACCCAGCUCGAACCCAGGAGCUUGGGUUCGUCGCGAUAAACCCAGCUCGUGGGUUCGUCGCAAUGAACCCAGCUCGUGGGUUCGUCGCAAACCCAAGAGCCUGGGUUCAUCGCGAACCCAGCUCCUGGGUUCGUCACAAACCCACGAGCCUGGAUUCAUCGCGAACCCAGCUCCUGGGUUUGUCGCGAACCCACGAGCAGGGUUCAUCGCGACAAACCUAGCAGGGUAUUUAACCUUUCUAUUUCAUCUUCGAUUUACCAUGUUAUCAGUGUGGAUUUUGUUCAAUUAAGCUUUUCUUUUUCG